GAAUCUGGUACAAGGGUUGUGGUGGCAGGGGUCCGUUGUAAUUAUGUAAGCGCCUACGCGAACGUACUCCAAUUGCCGCCGCAAAAAGAAACUGCCUACAGCACUGGAACAGACCUCGACUCGCUUUGACAGACAAGACAACCCCAUAUGCGUAGCUGCUCCGUUUACUGCCGUUGAAUUCUGGUUCCUUUUCCACCCCACACAAUCAUUGCAUGAUGGCUCUUGAACUCGGGUCAAUAACGGUCCAAGCUUCUCCCGACUUGCCUACCAGCACCCCCGUAGCAGAGGAGGAGGAAUACUAUUCAUCCUGGUCGUUAUUCCUCGUGUGCCUGCUUCUGAUCGUCUCGCUAUGGACAUCAUAUUACCUGCAAAUAAGGCGGAUACGGGCUAUCCACGAAACCCUGGUUUCUAUCUUUGCGGGGAUGUUCGUUGGACUUGUCGUUCGUCUUGCGCCGGGUACUAUGAUCAGGGAAAUGCUUACUUUCAAGCACACGCUCUUCUUUAAUCUACUCCUCCCCCCAAUUAUCCUAAACUCCGGCUAUGAGCUCAAACAGGAGAACUUCUUUCGGAAUUUUGGGUCUAUCCUGGUGUUUGCCUUCGUAGGGACAACGAUAUCCGCAGUCGGCGUGGGAGUUCUCGUCUACAUUUACUCGUUCUUGGGACUGGAAUCUCUCGACGUCUCAUUGCUAGAGUGUCUGAUCUUUGGCUCGACACUCUCUGCAACGGAUCCGGUUACUAUCCUAUCGAUCUUCCACCAGUACAAAGUCGAUCCCAAGCUAUAUACCAUCAUCUUUGGUGAAAGCUUGCUCAACGAUGCCGUCAGUAUCGUCAUGUAUGAGACACUGUCCCAAUUUCACGGGACUGAGAUAUAUCUCUCUUCUAUAUUCCAUGGGAUUGGUAUUUUCUUACUCUCAUUCAGCGUAUCAAUGGCUCUAGGUGUCACGUUUGGCCUUGCGAUGUCCUUGACAUUGAAACAUUCCUCCUUAAACCAUUAUCCCUCCAUUGAAUCGUGUCUUGUGGCACUCUGUGCCUAUACUUGCUACUUCUUUUCCAAUGGUCUGUCGAUGUCCGGCAUCGUGUCACUUCUGUUUUGUGGCAUCACCUUGAAGCACUACGCAUACCAUACCAUGUCGCACAAAACGCAGCGCACCACCAAAUACAUUUUCUCGACUCUCGCUCAACUCUCCGAGAACUUCAUCUUCAUCUAUCUUGGACUCUCACUUUUCACCAGUCCCCCUUCCUCAGAACGUGUCACGAACUAUGUCAAACCUUUAUUCAUCACUGUUUCAACGGUGGCCGUAGUUUUUACGCGGUAUGCGGCUGUUUUCCCGCUUUCUGAAGUGAUCAACUUUUUCGUGCGACAUUUCCGCGGCCAGAGGCACGAAGAACUUCCCCACUCCUAUCAGAUGAUGUUGUUUUGGGCUGGUUUGCGCGGUGCAGUCGGAGUUGCACUCGCUGCCGGAUUUAAAGGUGAAAAUGCCCAAACGCUACGAACGACGGUCCUCGUUGUAGUUGUCCUUACUGUCAUCGUCUUUGGGGGCACGACGGCACGGAUGCUCGAGAUUCUUGGUAUUCGGACGGGCGUAGAAGAUGAGGCUGCGAGUGACAGCGACGAGGAGGAGUACCUUGGACGCAUCCCUUGGACAGCUCGCCGCAACUCAGGUGGUUGGGCAGCGAGGUAUACGGAUGAGCCGACGGGGUAUAUUUCUCAGGCGCAGGGUUAUAGCCGUGCUGCGGCACGGAUAGGGACGCAUUAUGGGCCCCGCAAUUACAAUCACCAUGCGCAACCACCUCUAUCGCCGGGAGCGACGAACAUGUUUUCCGCGGCGUCGUCUGAAUCGUUCGAUUCGGACGUGGAAGUUCUGCCGAUGGCGAAUACGGCUGGGAAUGCUGGCGUGCAUACUGCAGAUCCUGGGGCAGCAAGUCAGGGACCUGAGGGAGGUGCAAGCGAGGAUGGGAAGUGGUUCCAGACGUUGGACGAGAGGUACCUAUUACCUCUGUUUUCGAACGCUACGGCCAGCCGGACGUUCCAGGCACGGAGAGCUCGCAGGAACGCUUCGCAUUCUACAAGCGCCGUCAACCGUGGUGCCUCAGGUACCCCUCACGACAGCGAAGACGAGCCAGACGGCCCGGAGAUUGUCUUGAGUGCGCCAAGUAAUACUACCCAUACGCAGGAAUUCCCGCGAACGCAGUCCCCUGAGGAGCAGAGCCGGUUUGAGCGAGGGCUAGGUACGCCGGUUUUACGGAAUGGGAGCAGAGAUGACGGACAGAGUCGUGCUUCGUGAUUAGCUACAUACGAAGAGAAGUAUAUAUACGUACUAGGCAUCUAUAGACUUGGUUCGCCGCGAACGUGAGGCUAGUACAUUAAGUACUGGCCUUUGAUGA